AUGGGUCAGCCUGUACUUGAAGAGCAUUUUCAACCACCGAAGGAUAUCCCGCGUAUCCAAGCUCCGAAGGGGAAGAAGGGGAAGAAGGAGAAGAAGGAGAAGAAGGAGAAGAAGGAGAAGAAACAGCCGGGAUGGCGCUGCGAACUCUGUAAUAUAGGAUUCAGCAAGUUGAAGGCACUGCGUCAACAUAGCCUCGUAACACCCUCGCACCCGUGUUGCACUAUCUGUAACAUGGGGUUUCCUAGUGCCAAGCACUACAAGAAGCACACGGCGAAGGUUCAUUCAACGCCCCAGUCAAAACCGCAGCUCUCCUUGGGGUCGCUGCCACAUAGUAUACCGGAUGUCCCGGACCAGCCACUCGCUAGUAGUCGCAUUCAAAUGUCCACGGGACUUCUCGUCGACCCCGUCCAGGUUGCGGAGGGCAUCCAAUGCUCACCGUCGUCAGCGAGUGCCACCGUAUCAGUGUCUGUGACCUCUCCUACGACCACUCCCGCGCACGGUGGCCCAGCUAUUCAGCACAGAUGUUUGAUAUGCAAUCUCACAUUCAGCUCGGAAGACGAGGCCAGCACACACUACAAGACGUCUCCGGUGCAUCCCUCAUGUGCUAGGUGCGAAGAUUCCUUUCAUGAUAAGGGCGAACUUUCCCGGCAUCUUCAAGCCGUACAUGGUUGCAUCUUCUGUAGUUGCGGAGUAAUCGUCGAACUCGAUAGGGCAGCCGCACACUACAAGGCAUCUUCAUGUCACCCAGAGUGCUCCGAUUGUGGAGCCGCAUUCAAGGAUGCUCCUGCACUGCUUGAACACCAAAUAUCCGCCCACUCUGACCAAUGUUGUCUGCGAUGCGACCGCUGGUAUCCGACAAAACCAGAUCUGCAUCGACAUCUCUUCGAGUGCUUUCCCGCGGCACCUCCUCGGUGCAUGAAGUGCAAGCAAGCAUUUCCACGGAACGCGGACUACCUUGAGCAUCUGGUCGCAGUGCAUGACUCUCCGGAGAUGCCGGCAGAACCAGCCAUAAAGAACAAUGUGGAUUCGCGCUCUCCAAGAGAAGACCAACAGAAGAAAGUGGAAUUGCAUCGUUGCGACCACUGCAACUUAGGUUUCGCAACCGAGCUAGCGCUCAAGGAGCACAAUCUUGAGACGCCUUUGCACCCGCGUUGCAUCCUCUGUCAAAAGGGCUUCCUGGUAUAUGAGGGCUACGUUAGCCAUAUGGUGGCCAUACAUCCGUCCUCCAAGUUGCGGCCCCCACUCCUCCCGCUUUCCCCAUCCCCGACAACGCAUGCUGCAUCGCAGCCGAAGGUUGUCCUUGGAGGAGACUGUUUGCAGGGAUGUGAGGACAUUCAAGUCUCUCUGAGCUGCUACGUGUUCGUGUUACUCAUGCAGAUCGUUUCCUUAGCAACGGCCGAAUCUCAACUCCCUGCUAAUGCUCCGGCUAUGCGCACUGCGAUCCCGGCGACUGUCAUACAUGAUCUUCAGGCAGCGGACAACGCGGGGCUGUCUAGCGAGACCGGUCGCAAUUCUGGUAAUCUGACUCAGGCAAUGCUCGAACGAGGGCAUCCGGCUAAGUUUAACCUUGAGACCGAUACAGGAUCGGUCAUACCAGUCGACUCCUCGUCCACCCGGGCCAGUUCGGAGGCGGGCGUCUUAUUUGCACAACAGGCUCGACCGCACCCUUCGAACACAGCCGUGCAGUGUGAAGAUGCUGACGAGCGCGAAGAGGAGUCUUCCUCCGACACGUACGAUUACAUCCAUGCUAACGAGCGAUCUACCGAUGUCAACGCGCGGGCGAUUCACGAGCGACCUGAUAGCGUCAUCAGCUACAUCACAGAAACGGACCUGGAUUCGGAUGUUCCGUCUAUCAGUUCUUCAGCGCGACUGCCGGAUCCUACGGCUGUCCAAGUCUCUUCGUCAUCGAACAACGCAACAAGGGACAUGUACACAGAACAGCUCGACCACCCCAAAGACACGAUGUCCCAGUCCUAUGUCAGCGCGCCGCUCUCGGAUGCGUGCACUCAUGGCCUAUCUACUCGCUCUGAAAGCAUUGAUAUCACCAUGGGCUUCGCCUCAUGCCCUGUAGCCUCACCAUCACUGCUCAUGUCCGAGCCGUCGCCGGAUGCGCCGUCUAUCAGCACAGGACGAAAUCGCGGUUCGAUUCCGUCAGAAUCGAGAAUGUCAAAGACAGGUCAGAACAAUGGUCUCCAUUAA